GCAGGGUGGUGGUAAAAGCUUUAGACUGGAGGAGCAGCCCUGCGUGUCAGCUAACUGGAAGCUGAGCAACAGGAGGUGGUAGGCUGCAGGAAGGGCUGAGGCCAGGGAAGUAAAGAGGGAGGUGAUGCACGAGGGUCGGAGAGAUGAGGAGUAGCCUUCCUCAGAUGAUGUUGGGGAAGGAGUGCUGGGUUAGGACUGAGGGCUUCCUGGACAAGACCCCGGGUGACACUUCUGCCCCAAACCACUGAGAGCGUCGAAGAGCUUCCAGCCCAGCUACCUGCUCUGUGAUGUAGGGCAUCCAAAUUUUGACUCAAACCUUAGAAACAGGCUUUCUCCAAUCCUAGGGAGAGUCUGCAGGGACACUUCCUGCCUUUCAGGGUAAAAGACCCAGAAUUCCACUGGUCCAGCUCCUUCUGGCUCAAAUAGGGAGCAUUCUUAAUGCCUCUAGCAGCUGCAGUCUAGCUGGUUUUGCCCCAAGGACUCCCUUGAGGCAGAGCUCAGAGGUGGAGGCAGGAGAGGGAGCCAGAGCACACACAGGUCAUGAGUCUGGCUGCCUUUAGGUGGACGACGGGUCUGCAUAUGGCAUGCCCAAAGAUGCUUGGACAUCCCAUUUGGAAGGUCCCCAGGGAAUCCACUUCAUUGCUGGAAUAAUGGGGCCGGUCCGAUGUGGUUAAUCCCUGGUAAGGAGAGUCCCUCGCAAAUGUCCCCAGCGGCAGCCUUGAACUGGCCUGGCCCCUGCAUUCACCUCUUCUUCCUUGUCCGCAGUCACCAGUUAAGGAGUGUCACACUGUGCAGCUCUGGCCUGGUGGCUGGGCUGCCCCCCGCCCCCCGGGUUCCACACUAGUCUCCCAGCUUGUCUCUGCAUGUGCUCCCCUCUGUACCUCUGUAUCUCUGUACCUCUGCUUAUCCUGUGCCCUGGGAAUAAAUGUCCCUUCCCACCCCUAGGAAUUCUACCUGCAAGGACCUGCGAAUUGCCAGUCCUCCAAAGUGCCUGUAUCACCUGCAGCCCCUUCCCAUUUCCUGGGGAACCUCCCCAAGAGCAGGGGAUGAGCUGCAUGGGCGACCCAGGCAAAGACCAGCUCUGCUGCUCGGUCCCCUUCUUGCCUGGAGGUGACAGUUCACAGCCUCUGUUCCUGCUGCCGAGGCUGCUUCCUUAGAAGGACAGGGAAUUUGGGCCUUUCUGGAGAAAAGAUCUGAGUGUACAGCAGAACAGAGGCCUUGAAACCCACACGGGGAGUUUCCAAAACGCUGCUCAGUCUGUGUCCCCGGCAACAGAAUUGUUGACUGCAGCAUAACCAUACCUUCCUGUGUUCUAGCCCAGAGCAUCAUGGGCUGGCCUCUGCCGAAAGAUGCUCGGCAGGAGCCCCUGGGAAGAGGGUACAGGGGGCCUGGAAGGGGUGUGCAGUGGGGCUUGGAGAAACCCAAGGGGGCAGAUCAGCAGUCUGCUCCCUCCCACCGCCUCCUCAAGCAGGACUCCUGUCCUCCAGGUUACAGCUUCCUGCCACCUCCCCACCCCCCACCCCCAGUUCUCAGACUAGCCCAGCCUUGGCUGAGACACCACUAGGCAUGGGCGCUCUUCUCUGUGGCCAGAAGAGCGUGCACCCUCCCCUGCCAGUCUCUCUGAAGCACGGGAAGCCUGGCCUGAGGAGCAAGGGCCCAGCCAGACAAGCUGAAGGCGAAGCCCCUGCUCAGCUGUGGCAGCAGCUGUGGGGGACUCCAAGGGAAGCAGACAGCUGCUGGGAUGAGGCCUACCAGAGGAAGCCCGGUCUGUGCCAGUUCUGCCAUCUUUAGUAGGCUCCUGGAGACAGUCUAGACUUCCCUCUACAGAGGACAAAGUUGAGGCCCCGAGAGCAUUAUGAGAGGCCCCCAGGUCACACAAUGAAGCAGCGGUGAGGAUCCUGCCCACAAGGAAGUUCAGCCGAAGUAGCGGAAAGCCCAGGCCGCAGACCCUUAGCCUCACAGCCUCCUGCAGGGGAGAGGGGAGGAGAACGCCUGGACUUUUUCCUUUUGAUCUCAGGUGUGUCUCUGCACGGCAGUCCAGGGAUUAACAUGAGGCCAGGCUUGACAGCGCGAGAGGGGUGAGGUGGCCUGGGGUGUGACUGCAAACUGCCUCUGGCCACUUGUGGGCCCCAAACUCUUGUCGGAGUCAAAGCCGAGGCACCCGCAGGCCUCCGCAGGCCUCCACCGCCCCGCCCCGCCUGAAUGCAGCACAGCGGGAGGCUUCCGCCCCGGAAGGCCUCAGUCGGGAAGACUGACCAAAUUCAGUGAUGCGUGGCCUUGGGGCAGGAUAGGAAGAAAACGAGCCAGACAUGGGAAGGGAAAGGGGCUGAGAGCCCAGAGUUCCAGCACAAAUUCCUGGUGGAGCUGGGAUGUGGCUCAGUAGAGUGCCCGCUAGAGUGCCAUGCGUUCAAAACACCCGUACACACAAAAGUAAGUAAAAAUUAGAGAGUAAAAACAAACACCCAAACCAGCCAUGGUGGCUUACACCUUAUCUGUGGGAUUGUGGGAUACCCCAGGUUACACAGCAUUGUGGGAUACCCUAAGUUACACAGCAUUGUGGGAUACCCUAAGUUAUACAGCAAAGCAGCGGUGUUCCCUUUUAUUUUGUGAUAGGGUCUCACUAACACCCAUGAACUCUGGUAGCCCAGGCUAGCCUCAAAACUGAAACCUCCUUGUCUCAACCUCCCAAGUAGCUGGGAUGCCAGGCCUGAGCCACUAGACCUGAUUAUUUUCCUCAAUAAACCCUGACUUCGCUUCAGAGUGACUUGUCCUGAAAUUCUUUCCUGGGCACCGAGGUGACAGCCUCAGGCUGUGGUGAAAGUUCCAUUCUGGAAGGAUUGAAGGAGGGGACAGGAGGCGGGGAAUGACCUCCAGGGAGGUUAAAUAGGUCACCUCAACGCUGGGCACCAAGACAAGCAGAGGGGCCCAUGAAGAUCUUCACCCACACUUCUGGCACCAUGAUGUCACUUCGGAUACUGCUCCUGGCUGCCCUGCUUCUGGGGACGUCUCUGCAGCAUGCCAGCGCUGCUCGAGCCACCAACGUAGGCCGAGAGUGCUGCCUGGAGUACUUCAAGGGGGCCAUCCCCAUCAGGAGGCUGGUGACAUGGUACAGGACCUCAGCCGAGUGUCCCAGGGACGCUAUUGUGUUUGUGACUGUCCAGGGCAGGUUCAUCUGUUCAGACCCCAAAGACAAGCAUGUGAAGAAGGCCAUCAGACACCUGCAAAGCCUAAGGCAGUAGCCGGUGACCUUCCCCCAGGAGCAUUUGGAGACUCCAGCUCCGGCGUCCAUGACCUCAGCCCAAAGCUGCCUGCAUCCAGUGGAGGCCUUAAGAGCCCCAGAAGAGCCACAGAGUGGGAGUCGCUGUCCCUUUGUAUGGACUCAAGCUACAGGCACAAAACACCGCUGAUUAAAGUCCUCUUCCCUUA